AUGGUCUCAUUACACCAGGUGGUGUAUUUUAUCCUUUUUGCCUCAGUUUCUAGUGAAUGCAUCACUAAGCUCUUCAAAGACACCUGCUUUCAAGGAGGUGACAUAAGUACUGUUUUCACGCCGAGUGCCCAGUACUGCCAACUGCUCUGCACCCACCACCCACAGUGCUUGCUCUUCACAUUCAUGGCUGAGUCAUCUUCAAAUGAUCCCACCAAAUGGUUUGCUUGCAUCCUGAAGGACAGUGUCACAGAAACGCUGCCAAUGGUGAAUAUGACAGGGGCGGUUUCUGGAUAUUCCUUCAAGCAAUGCCCUCAGCAAUUAAGUGCGUGCAGCAAAGGUGUGUAUGUGGACCUAGACAUGAAGGGGAUGAACUAUAACAGUUCUGUUGUGAAGAAUGCUCGUGAAUGCCAAGAAAGAUGCACAAAUGAUGCUCAUUGCCACUUUUUCACAUAUGCAACAGGGCGUUUUCGCAGCGUGGAGCAUCGGUGA